AUGGGCCAUGAAGGGAAGAAGUAUUAUGAGAUACUCGACAUGGAUCCUCAACAAAGACGUUGUGAUCGAAUCGUUAAAACCAGAGAAUAUCCUAGGAUUGAGGCAAUGGCAUAUGAUAUGUUGACGCCACAGCUUUUGAAAAGUGGUCCAUGGAAGACGUACUGGAUUGAUUUAGCACUACUCACAAUUUGUGGCAAGGUGCGAUCCCUUCGAGAAUAG